AAGGAUCCAGAUUACCUGAAGCUCUGGUUGGAUAGUUUUGUUUCUAGCUAUGAACAGUUUCUGGAUGUGGACUUUGAGAAGCUGCCAACGAGGGUGGAUGACAUUCCUCCAGGAAUAUCCCUGCUUCCUGAUAACAUUCUUCAGGUCCUCAGGCUCCAGCUGCUACAGUGUGUCCAGAAGAUGUCGGAUGGACUGGAAGAGCAGCAGCAGGCUCUGUCACUUCUGCUUGUGAAAUUCUUUAUCAUCCUUUGCAGAAAUUUGGCUAACGUGGAGGAGAUUGGGAUGUGUUCCUACAUUAACCAUGUCAUCACCAUGACUACGUUAUACAUUCAACAGUUAAAAAGCAAAACAAAAGAGAAAGAAGUGGCAGAUCAGACCCCUAUAGAAGAAUUUGUGAGGCAUGCCUUGGCUUUUUGUGAGAGUCUCUACGACCCCUAUCGGAACUGGAGGCAGCGAAUUGCAGGGUACGUGUGGACUGAGGCAGGGCUAUAA